ACGGGCGCUGCGUGGCCGGCAGACCGCGGGCGGACUCGGUGCCGGCGGGGAUGGGAGGCCCGCCCCCUGCUCUGGCCGCGAUGUUGGCUUGAUGGAAUGGUCCAUGGCAAUGCUGUAUCUUCCUCCAUCCCUCCUGCCUGAAGCACGGCUUUGAAGAGGUGUGGUGCCACGGCUAGGUGCUGAGCAGCAGCCUAAGAGAGCAAGACUGAGAAAAAGCCCAGUGACUGGCUAAAUACUUCCCAGUGCGCUUUCCACUGAACAGAUAUUUUCUAGCUCAGGUAUGGGAUAAGAUCUGCCUGGGGUAGUAAGCAUGGUGCGAGAACGAAAAUGCGUAUUGUGUCACAUUGUAUACAGCUCAAAAAAGGAGAUGGAAGAACACAUGAGGAGCAUGCUUCACCACAGAGAACUUGAAAACCUGAAAGGAAGGGACAGCAACCACGAGUGCCAGGUGUGCAGGGUGACACUGGUGGGCUUGUCAGCAUAUGCCAAGCACAUCUCCAGCCAGCUACACAAAGAUAAUGUUGAUGCCCAUGAUAAAGUGGAAGAGAAAGAGGAGACAGAAGAAGAAUACCUUGACAAAGAACUCAUUCAACUGAUCAAGCAAAGGAAGGAACGGAACCGGCAAGUUGAACCAUGCUGUACAAACCAAGAAACAGAAUGCGAUGAUAGGAGAUCACAGAGGAGGCGAGAAGAGAGAGCUACAUACAAAGAAAGAGAAGCUUAUGAUCAGUCGUCAUGGCAUCAUCAUAAUGCAUUACAAAGGGACUGGAAAUGGGAAAGGGAUGAUUAUAUUAAUUCUAGACAGGGCAGAUUUUCACACUCCCAGAGAAACCUUAAUAUAAGUAGGCAUCCAGGUGGCCCAAGGGGACGCUCUGGGUGGCACCAAAGUGUUUCAGGAAGCUCUUCAAGUUGGCAUAAGUAUGGGAAUUCUGGAGUUGUUUGGCAUCCAAAUGGGCGAGGAGGAGGAGGAACAUCAAAUUGGCAUCACAAUGCCAGAGGGAGGAAUUCUACUUGGCACACGGAAGGAACAGGUAAUUUUUCUAGUUGGAAUUGCAAGAGUUAUGGAGGAAACUGGAAGUCUAGUUCUCAUGGUGCAAAUAGCUGGAAUUUCGGAAGCUCUGGAGAUACAUACUUAUUAGAGCCAGCUAAAUAUAACAAGGAAAGAUAUAUGUGGCAGUGGCAGGAGAAAGAUGUGACUGUUCUUCCAUACAGAGAUCGAAAUAAUAGGAGUGACUCAUUUGAUUUUACUAGUGAUAAACUUCCUUCUGAGGGGGCAUUGGAUUUUGGUACUUCAAAGCAACCAGAAAGUAAAGCUCCAAGAAACAGUGGGAAAAGUGGGAGCCCUUCAAGAGAUAAAAUACAUCGCUGGACUCCCUACCCAUCCCAAAAAUCUAUAGAGCAGCAGUCAUGGUUUGAAGAUGUUUCUAAAGCUACAGAGAAAAUGGAUUCUGUAUUUUUGCCUCUUACUGAAUCACCAGGAAAGGGAAAAACUUGUGAAGCCGCUGCUAGCCUCCCAAAACAUAAAAAAUCAGAAGCAUCUUUCCAUUCUAAUGUAACCCUGGAUUACCCUGAUUCCAGUGAUGAAAAGCCUGACAAAGAUGAUGGCAGAAGUAGUAGGAUGCCAUCGCUGAAAUCCCCUCUUCUAAAUAUUACAGACAUGAAGUUGUCUUCCCAAAAGCAAGACACAAAAAGUCUGUUAAAAAAUGUUAAGUCUCUGUUGUCCUCACCUAAUAGCAAAGAACAGAACUGUUUGAAAGCAUUGAAUCUGGAAGCUAACAAUUUACCUUCUUAUUCAUCAAAGCUGCGUGGUCCGUCUGCUGAUAACUUAGAAGGAAGCAACAAAGACGCACUUAGCAGUAACGUUGGGGAAGCUGUUAUUAACUUAAGUGAAGCAGAACGAAAACCCAAAGAUAUUCAGUCCAACCAUUCCUUACAAAAUCCUCCCUUAAACUCUUGCAAGAAUACAGAUGAUCAGAAUAUGGAAGGAACUGGGAAAGCAUCACCAAAGAACAAGUUCAGACUACAUUCAUUGGAAGAUGUGAGUGAUGAUGAGUUAACAGGAAGAGAGAAAGUAGAAAUAAGAGCUGAAAAACUGAGUCCUUCUGUUAGUUCUUGUUUACCCUGCGACACUCCAGAAGGUAAACUUGCUGCCUCUGAAAAGGAUGUUGAUGAAAAGCCAUCUGUUUCAAGCAUUGCAUCUGCUGAUCUGAAAGAUUCUGCAUUUCAGAUGGAAUCCACAGUUUCUUCAUCAAACAGUCAGGAUCACUUGCACGUGGGUUUGAAAAUCCCCUCACAGGAGAAAGAAGCAAAUGAAGAGCAUGUCAAGUCAGGUGGUCGCUUUGAAGUGGAAGGUUUUGAAAAUCAUUCAGACCAUGAGCUGCAGAAAGGAGGAAGUCAAUCACUAGGCCUCCUUCCUGAUUUAAGCAAACUUGGCCUCCCAGCCUCUCUGCAAAGAGAUCUGACGCGACAUAUUAGUUUGAAGAGCAAAGUGGGAAUACACCUUCCAGAGCCCAAUCUCAAUAACGCACGGCGCAUUCGGAAUAUAAGUGGCCAUCGGAGAAGUGAGGCUGAGAAAGAAUCGGGCCUUAAACCAACCCUCAGGCAGAUUCUUAGUGCUUCCCGGCGAAAUGUAAACUGGGAUCAAGUCAUCCAGCAGGUAUCAAAGAAGAAACAGGAGCUUGGCAAAGGUUUACCAAGGUUUGGUAUAGAAAUGGUGCCUCUCGUUCAAAAUGAUCAAGAGAGUCUAGAACUUGGUGAAGAAUCUGAUCUGUCUACUCUGGAAGGAUUCCAGUGGGAAGGGAUUUCCUUAGCAGUGCCUGGAUCAGCCAGAAAACGUAGCUUUUCUGAAAGCAGUGUCAUUGCAGACAGACACCCUUCUGCUUACAGCUUUUUUAGUGAACAACCCAAAGCAAAAGAACGUGAGGAAAGGCAAAUAGUUGCAGACAGACACCUACGUGAUAUAACAUCUGGAUACGAGGCAAGUGUUGACAUUGAAGCUGACUUGAAACAGGAGACCUCUUCUCUUUCUUUGUCACCGUUUAUAUCUGAAAGAACUGAGACCCCUGGAAAGAAACAAAGCCUACAGGCUACUUCUGAGCUCACUGGCCUCACAAAAGCAGAGCAAGACAGUCUAGACAAGAGAACACCUCUUCUUGAAAAACAGAAUGUGUUAGAAAUCUCAGAAGAAAAUUCUCUGGCUUCAAGUGAUGUACUUCUUGCAGUGUCUAGUAACGUAGAUGCAGCAACGGACAGUAGCUACACUUCUGGUACUGAGCAAAAUGACAGCCAAGGAAUUGGAAAGAAACGAAGAGCGACAGGAGAAGGAUCCUCUCCUGAAAUCCCCAGUCUGGAAAGAAAGAAUAAAAGAAGAAAAAUCAAAGGUAAAAAAGAACGUUCUCAAGUAGACCAGUUGUUGGCUAUUUCACUGAGGGAGGAAGAAUUGAGCAAGUCCCUACAUAGUGUGGACGAUAGUCUCUUGCAGGCUAGAGCUGCCCUACAGGCUGCAUAUGUUGAGGUUCAACGAUUCCUCGUGUUAAAGCAACAGAUAACCAUGGAAAUGAGUGCACUGAGAAGCCAGAGGAUCCAGAUCUUGCAAGGCCUACAAGAGACGUAUGAACCUUCUGAACUGUCAGAGCAACUCCCCAGUAGUGUCUCAAGUGAGAGAAGAAACAGUGAAUCUCAGGUGUCAGCUGAUUUGCUUCCUGCAGGCUCUUUCUUGCCCCUUUUGGACACUUUGUCUGUACCUCCACUGGGAACUGCUGUUCACUUAGACACAUCAGCACCAUUCCAUUCUGGCAUCACAUUCACCACUCCUCCAGACUCCUCAGUACAAAUUAAACGAGAACCUGUGUCUUUGGAAGCCUCAGAAGAAAAUGUGAAUACUGUACUCCAGAGCUCUCUAUGUGCUUCACGAACAGAAGUGGUAGCACAGAAGGAUGAAGAAAUCAUCCAAAAAACAUCAGUGUAUCCGGUUAUCUCUGCAACCAUAUCCCUAUCAGAGCUGACAGCUUGUUUCCAGCACACUAGUCAAGAAGUUCACAAGCCUGCUGUGGAUAGGGGAAAGGCUGGACUUUUGGAGAAUCCUUCUCCUUCGCUGUCUACUUUCAGCAAAAGAGAAGCAAAUGGAGUGACUGAAAGCUUUUUACUGGAUCAGUGUAGCACCUUGCUUCCAGAUCGUUCAGUCCUUCUAGAAAUGCCAAUGGAUAAAACUCCCAGAUUGUCAGCAGAACCAUCGGAACAACAGGCAGCAAACACUCUAGUCCCAGCAGAAAAGGGAAACAGAAGGAGAAGAAAGUUAAGGAAAAAGAAAACGCUGAGGGCAGCUCAUGUGCCAGAAAACAGUGACACAGAACAGGAUAUAAUUGACUGUAAGCCUACCCGGAAGGUCAAGAGUGGAAAAGUUUCUAAGGGAGAAAAAAUUACAACAUCAACUCCUCAAAAACAGGGAGAUGGUGUUGCUGUUCAAGCAGCUAGAAACAAGGAUGAGAAUGAUAGUGAUGCUUCUUUGGAACUAGUGGAAGUUGCAGUGCCCCAGUGUGAAGUGGUUGAUGUUGGUUCAUCAGAGUCAGGAGAUGAGAAACCAGACAGUCCAUCAAAGAGAGAGUUGUGCAGCACUGUGGACCAAGCAGUCUUAGAGGCAUCUUGCUCAGGUUAUGAUGAAGUGAGCUCUACCAGUGAGAUUGGCACAAGUUAUAGGGAUGAUACGAAAAGAAGUGUGGCUGACACACAGGCUUCUAUAUCAUCACUAAGAGGAUCAAAGAACUCAUCAGAAGUGUCUUCAGAGCCAGGUGAGGAUGAAGAACCUACAGAGGGGAGCUUUGAAGGACACCUGGCUGCAGUGAAUGCUAUUCAGAUUUUUGGGAAUUUGUUGUACACCUGCUCAGCAGACAAAACAGUUUGUGCCUACAAUCUGGUUAGCAGGAAGUGUGUGGCCGUCUUUGAGGGACAUACUUCAAAAGUGAACUGCCUCCUGGUCACUCAGACAAAUGGGAAGAAUGCUGCGCUUUACACUGGCUCAAGUGAUCACACCAUCAACUGUUACAGUAUCAAGACCAAAGAAUGCAUGGAACAGUUUAAACUGGAAGAUCGGGUGCUCUGUUUACACAGCAGAUGGCGGAUCCUUUACGCAGGCCUUGCAAAUGGCAGUGUGGUUACAUUCAGCAUAAAGAACAACAAGAAAGUUGAUACCUUUGAAUGCCACAGCCCUAGAGCAGUGAGCUGCUUGGCCACAGCUCAGGAAGGAGCACGCAAGCUGUUGGUAGUGGGCUCCUAUGACUGCACCAUCAGCGUACGAGAUGCGCGGAAUGGGUUGCUUCUCAGAACUCUCGAAGGUCACAGCAAAACUAUACUCUGCAUGAAGGUUGUGAAUGAUCUGGUGUUCAGUGGUUCCAGUGACCAGUCUGUCCACGCCCACAACAUUCAUACUGGAGAACUGGUACGGAUCUAUAAAGGUCAUAACCAUGCAGUAACGGUUGUGAACAUUCUGGGGAAAGUGAUGGUAACAGCAUGCCUCGAUAAAUUUGUUCGUGUUUAUGAACUACAGUCACAUGACCGCUUGCAAGUUUAUGGAGGCCAUUCAGAUAUGAUCAUGUGCAUGACCAUCCAUAAGAGCAUGAUCUACACUGGAUGUUAUGAUGGCAGCGUCAGAGCUGUGAGGCUUAAUCUGAUGCAGAACUAUCGUUGCUGGUGGCAUGGAUGUUCACUGAUCUUUGGAGUUGUUGACCACCUGAAACAACACUUGCUAACUGACCACACCAACCCAAAUUUUCAGACCUUAAAAUGUCGUUGGAAGAACUGUGAUGCUUUCUUUACUUCCAGGAAAGGUUCCAAGCAGGAUGCUGUGGGACACAUUGAAAGACAUGCUGAGGAUGACAGCAGGGUUGACUCAUGAAACUUUUCACCUCCCACAUUGGGAAGUAAUUCAUGUCAAGAUUAUUCCAAAUAACAUCAGUUUCUUACUCCAGUCUUUUCUCUUGCUUUUACUACUUGGAAUGUAAAAAGGAAAUGGAGCUGAAAAGCCUUGCUACAGAGCUGCAGGUUAUGUUACAUGCUGUAGACAUAAGGCUGGUCACUUAAGAAGUGGCCCAAAUGUAAGAUUCUGUCAAGUUUUCAAUUUGUUGACAAAUAAGACUAUUUUCCCCCCUCA